AUGCUUCCUCCUAACCGCUCUGCAGUCCUCCAAGACCCAUCUGUCGCCAGCGCGCCUCUCGACAAGCGCAUUGCGUUCCUCCAGUCGAAGAAUCUCACACAAGAAGAAGUCGACGUCUCUCUUGCACGCGCCGCCGCCGAAGACCCCAGCCAGCCUCCUCCUCCACCGACAUCCGCACCUCCCAACUAUGCAUACAACCGGCCGCCCCCAUCAGCGCCCGCCUAUGGCUAUCCACAACAAGGCUACUGGCAGCAGCCGCCACCGCCUGAACCGCCGAAACGCGACUGGCGAGACUACUUCAUCAUGGCCACGGUCAUGGGAGGCGUAGGCUACGGGCUGUACUUCACAGCCAAGCGCUACAUUGCCCCCCUGAUUCAACCGCCCACACCACCACAGCUAGAGCAAGACAAGGCAUCGAUCGACGACUCGUUCAAGCGUGCCUUUGACCUUUUGGAGCAACUCAACACCGACACAACCGCACUCAAGGCAUCGGAAGAAGCUAGAACGCAGAGACUAGACAAUGCGCUCGGCGAGGUGGAGAGCGUAUUGACCAGCCUGAAGGAAUCUUCCAAGCGACAAGGAGACGACAACAGGCGCAUCGAGGAUGACGUGCGUGGUCUGAGAGACUUGAUCCCCAAGGCCAUGGAUGCGCAGAAGGAGUCGACCGACAACAGGCUGAGGGAGCUCUCGACAGAGCUCAAGAGCCUGAAGACCCUGGUUGGCAACAGAAUGGGUGCCGGACCAGCCCGGCCAGCUGCCCCAGCAGCCAGCUACUACGGCCAAAACCAGCCCCAGUCACAACCCGCACCAAACGUCAACGGCUCAUCCGGCACCUCGACACCCGCACCACAGCCUACCCCUGCCCCUGCGCCAACAGAGCAGACAAAUGGCACCAGCACAUCCGAGGCCCAGGGAAGCAGCACCACUGCAUCCGCCUCUUCUUCCACACCUACAGCAGAGAAGGCUGCACCUUCGUCAUACGGCAGAGUCGCAGGGGGCCGCGCAGCCAUCCCAGCAUGGCAAAUGGCGGCCCAGAAGAAGUCCGAGGAAGCAAAGAAGGACACCAGCGAGAGCGGGACAGUAGCAGAAGCCAGCCCCAGUUCAUAG